UCAUUCUUCCUUUCUUUCCUCUUUCAUUUGCUUGCUCUGCUUCGACUCUCGGUUCUUUUCUUGCGAGUGAGAAAUAGUGAGUUUGAGAAGAAAUACUACAGAGCGCUAUUCUGGUGGAUCGGCCCUAAAUCAAGAGUAUAUCACCAAGUUGUAUUUGAGCCACGUUCGAUGGAGGCAAGAGCAAGCAAGAUGAUAAAUUUGAAUGACUCAAACUAUCGAAUAUGGAGAAACAAGAUGAAAGAUCUCCUGUUUGUGACGAAGUUGCAUUUGCCGGUGUUUAGCUCGGCUAAGCCUCACAGCAAAACCGACGAGGAUUGGGAGUUUGAGCAUCAACAAGUGUGCAACUAUGUUCGACAGUUUGUCGAUGAUAAUGUGUACAAUCACAUUUGUGGUGAGAAUGAUGCAAAAAUUAUGUGGAGCAAGCUUGAGGGACUUUAUGCAUCGAAAACAGACAACAACAAACUAUUUUCUCCGACCAAGUUGGAGCAGAUGGAGUAUAAGGACAAGUCCUUGGAGGGUCAACUUGGCGGUUCAGAGUUAAGUUCGAUGGAGGUAAGAACAAACAAGAUGGUCCGUUUGAAUGGCUCUAACUAUCACAUAUGGAGAAAUAGGAUGAAGGAUUUCUUGCUCGUGACCAAGUUGCAUUUGCCAGUGUUCAGCUCGAGUAAGCCUAAAGGCAAAUCUGACGAAGAUUGGAAGUUCGAGCAUCAACAAGUGUGCAGCUACAUUCGACAGUUUGUAGAUGAUAAUGUGUACAAUCACAUUUGUGAAGAGAAUGAUGCAAAAGCUUUGUGGAGCAAGCUGGAGGGACUUUAUGCCGCGAAGAACGGGAACAACAAACUUUUUUAUCUUACCAAGUUGGUGCAGAUGAAAUACAAAGACAACACAUCUCUGGUGGAUCACUUGAACGAAAUUCAAGGGAUCGUAAAUCAAUUGUCCGACAUGGACAUAAAGAUGGAAGAUGAAGUGAUUGCUCUCCUGGUUCUUGCUUCCCUUCCAGAAUCGUUGGAGACGUUGAAGGUUUCACUUACCAAUUCCGCAGAAGAUGGUGUUGUCAACCUGGAGGCUGUCAAAAGCGGAAUUCUUAAUGAAGAGAUGAGGAAAAGAUCACAAAGUGCAUUCACAUCGCCGUCACGGUUAAGCAUUCUGACAGUGAAUCCGAGGAGCAGAGAAAGAAAUGAGACGAGUCGAAGAAAUGCCAAUAAAUUAGCUAGCGUUUAUUGUCUUCCCCAAUCCACUCAUCCCAACAAUGAAGAGCAAGAGCGGACAAGCAAGAGCAAAUCAAGAGUGAGGGAGUCAGGAAAAAACAGGGGAGCAAAGAGCAAAUCAGGAGAGUAGAGAAAAACUGGAUCUUUGGAGGAAUGUGAAAUAUUUCUUGAUAUAAGUAUAUAACCCAACUGAAAAUGUCUCUGAUGUAUCCAACGAUAUAUCAUACCUAUAUUAUAUAGUUGUCCCACAUGGAGGUGUUGGAUACACUAUAAACAGAACUUUGUGACAGCUUAAUGCACUGGCAGUGAUG